UCGCUCUCUUCCAAAAUAAACUUACGCACAAAAAGAGACUUUAAACUGAGGAACUCUUCCCCCUCAAAACCUAAGUUUACUCUCUCCCAAACUUACUCCUCUCUAAAAAUGGAUCCACCACCUCUCCCAUCCCAACCCACCACCACCGCCCAAUCCAACCACCCCGACUCAGCCACCUCCUCCCCGCGCGCCCGCCCCGCUGACACCGCCCCGGACGUCGUCCUCGUCGAUCCUCUCCCUCCCGUCCCCAACCCCAAGCUUCGCCUCAUGUGCAGCUACGGCGGCCACAUCAUCCCCCGGCCCCACGACAAGAGCCUCUGCUACGUCGGCGGCGACACCCGCAUGGUCGUCGUCGACCGCCACGGCAGCUCCUCCCUCUCCGCCCUCUCCUCCCGCCUCUCCCGCACCCUCCUCAACGGCCGCCGCUUCACCUUGAAGUACCAGCUCCCCAACGAGGACCUCGACUCCCUCAUCUCCGUCGCCACCGACGACGACCUCGACAACAUGUUCGAGGAGUACGACCGUAUCACCACCUCCGUUUCUUCGAAACCCGGCCGCCUCCGCUUGUUUCUCUUCCUGGCCAAGCCGGAUACCGCGGCCUCCAUGGGGUCCCUGCUCGACGACGCCAAGUCGGAGACGUGGUUCGUGGACGCGUUGAACGGGACCGGGUUUGAUCUUCCUAGAGGACUGUCUGAGUCGGCCGUCAUGGAUUGCUUGGUUGAGCUUGAUGAUGAGGGAGAUGAUGGAGAUGGAGUUGUGAAUGUGGAUUCUCGUGCUGAGGUGGAUUGUGAUAGCACUAAUAACAAGGGAAAGCAUACUAAUGCCCACAAUGUGGUUGCGGUAAUGCCUGACUCGCCCUUGGUGGAAACAAGUUCGUCCUUCGGGUCGAGCUCUUCGUCUCCUUCGAUGUCGAAUUUGCCCCCGAUCAAGGUUCGGGUUGAGGGUAGUGGUGGUGGGGCUCUGAUGGUUGGACUAGACGACCAGUUUCUGCAUAUGAACGUUGCUCCGCCACCUUCACUUCCAACGGUUGUUGGUGGCGGGGUUCAAGUGGUUGGAUUAGCUGAACAGUUUGUACAUAAGAGUGUUGCUCAGCAGCUGCCACUUCCAGCGGUUAUUGGCGGUGGGGUUCAAGUGGUUGGGUUAGAUGAACAGUUUGCGCAUAUGAAUGCUGCUAUGCCUCCACUUCCGACGGUUAUUGGUGGUGCAGUGGUUUCGGGUGGUGGUGCUAGUGUUGUGGUGGUGUCCGAUGAUGAGAGGUUAGAUCAGGGGGCAACAACGGCGUUUAGGAAACCUCCACUUCCGCUGCAGCCCAUGCAGCGGAAGGUUGCUGAUGCUUGUAAUUUGCUGUCGCCUGAUUCAGUUGCAAGUGAUUCCAGUAUUGCAUCGGCAACUCUAUCGAAACAUACAGUCUACCAAGAACAACCUCAUGUUGCAACAAGUGAAAUUAGAGGCCCUGCUAUCCCGACCGAGGCGAAGAGUAACAUCCCAGAUCCAAGCUCCCAGCAACUUCAUGAUUCUGCCUAUAUGCUUCCUCCACAACAAAUUCAGCAACAGCAACAGCAAUUUGUCUAUACGAACCAGCACUAUAUGCACCACCCGGUUACCGGCCAACAAGUGCCAAUCUCGUCUUACUACCAAAUGUACGCUCCACCACCGUCACAACAGCAACAACUCCACCACCAAGGGGAGCAACAAUAUCCAAUGUACUUUUAUCCAGUCACCCAAACAAUGCCUUCGAAUUCUUCCACCAUCUCUCCCUCAGCAGUUUACAACGAACCCAAUCAGUCUGUUUACAUGACAAAGACGGCUGCACCAGAAAUGACCGGACAUGUGAAUAGAAAUUCUGCAACAGCAACUCCUCCGCCGGUCCAAGUUCCUAGUAAUCAGUUUCAGCAACAAUACAUGGGUGUCCCUCAGAUGCACCACCACCCGUCUCAGUCGAUGGCGGGUAACUACGGGUUUGAGUAUCCUCAUCAGACACACGAGCAAGUGUACUAUGCUCAGCAUCCGGCUGCAGCACCUAUGCCGCCUCAGUAUCAGACCAUGAGCCCUGCGACAGCGGUGUUUCUCUCGCAGGCUGCGGCUCAGUUGCCUUCGGAUACCACAACCCAACAAAACAGAAACACGCAACCAUUGUGAGAAAAGCAAUACUGAAGGAUUCUGGAGGAGGUCUGGUUGUUCUGCCUUGUGAUCUUCUCAUGCAAUAAUUUGGGUUCUAACCAAUUGCUUGUUGUCUCCCAUGUGAAAUAAGGGACUGGUUCAUUGUCCUCCUUUCUAGUAUGUGCUUAAAAUUCCAUGGGAGAUUAAGGUGCAGGUGCAAAAAGUAGUGAAAAUCGGUAUAUGCCAUGAAUAUUGGAAUAACGAAAAUAUUUUAUUUUGGAAUAACGAAAAUCUUUUUCAUUACAA